CGCCGGACGCCGGCGUCGCCGGCCAACGGUCGUGCUUUGCUUGUGUUUUUGUUUAUCUGUUUAGUCUCGAGAUUUUGCUCUUACUUUUCGACAAAGAAACCUCUUCGUUUAAAAAAGUUAUUAGUGUUUUUCCCAUCUGCCGAGACAGAUAAUCGGGUGUUAAAAAUUAUCGAACACUACAAGCAAUUAAUUAUUGAGGCAGUGCUAAACACAUACAUACCAUUUGAUGCGUUCAAAGUAUCCCUGCCCAAUUCUCAUUUACCGUGAUUUGUUUGCAGGUGUGGGAACAAUUAUUCUGUGAAAGGCGUUCCUUGUAGAUAGAUGGUACCUUUACAUCGCAUUGGGCGGAGCUGCCUAUUUCUCACAUCCUUACGUUACCUCACUACUUCGACUUCUCUUUGAGGCUUAGUCUGGAAAUUAUGCAUUACUGUGAGAAGAUUAUGAGGUUUUCUUUGCCUCUUGGAUUGCUCAUGGAUGAGUGGAUGUGACAUUCCUGCACUCAAACAACCAACUUCCGACACACAUAAUUGAUUGGAUCGAUAUCAAUAUCAUUUAAUGCGAGUAAGUCCCAAGCGAUUACCAUACUACUUUGUUUCUCCUGUGAUCUCCCCUCAAUAGUGGUUACUGGAUAAUUUUUUAAGCAUGGCUGAAAUACGAGCCCAACGUUUGAAAAAUUUGUUCGACGCAGUUCUUCAUGGAAAGAAGGCUAUUACCGCAAUCAACGCGAGCCUGUUUUUAGAAUCGAUUUGUGAACAAUCUCCGGUAGUAACAAGUAUUUCAUGUUUAGUGUCUAGCCCGCAUGGUCUGGAGGCUUUACUGUCAGCUUUGAGCUGUGACACCUCCCUUGAUUUUCUUAACGGACCGCUGACUUCGUUUUUAGAGUACAUCAAAGCACCGGAUCUACAAACUAUCCAGGAUGGUGAAGCGGUUCGGCAGAUCAUUGCAAAGCUGAUGGAAGCCCCUUUGACGUGGAAAAGUUUCGUCAAAGCGGCACACGAUCGGACUUUGAAAGAACGUGCUCUUGGCGUAUUUUCAUGGCUUCUUGUACAACUGCUUUAUUUGCCGGUCAAGGAAGCCGUCGCUUACUUGUCUGUAGCACGAGACCCGUCUAUUCAGAGAGUUCUCCUUGAAUCUUCCUCGUACGAUGUCAAGAGCCAAGGAGAACUAAUCAAGCAAAUCGCCGAUAAAAUAGCUGGGAGCUCAGGCUCGGAGGAGCUUGUUCUGAAGAUUAUACAACGUGACCCUGGUGGACGACAUGACAAUGAUUUUCCUGAGAUUCACAGGAUCUCCAUCUAUCCGACCCCAGAUGAGCUGAAAGCAACGGCUAGAUACUUGCCCAGGCCUUGCGAUGCCGAGGACAGAGCUCAAGAAUCAGAUGCUCUUGCUAGUCAUAUUGACUGUCAAUUCCGCCUGCUCCGUGAGGACAUGCUUUGCGAAUUGCGUGAGGAUCUUGCAGCGGUUACGCAGCCUAAACAGAAGGGUAGGAAACCUCUCGAAAUUCGGAACCUUUCUCUGGUAGGUGUGCAUUGCGAUCGACGCUUACCAUGGUCCGUAAAACUUCGUUGUGAAAAUGAUUUACCGCAAUUACGUCACUUAAAACCUGCAGAGCGUGCAAAUUAUUUCAAAACUAGACCAAAGUUUUUAAAAACUGGUACCUUUGUCUGCCUGUACGUUGGCCGUGAGUUUGUCACUCUUGGCACUCUAGUUCGAGAGGAGGAGCUUCUUAAGAAAUCUAUUCUGUGUGUUCAGCUUCCUGCUAGGAAUUUAGAAGAGGUACUAUUGAAGCUUAAUAAAAAGACUGCUUAUCCAUGCAUACGUCUAGUAUUGAUUAGUUGUGCCAUUUUCGCUUAUGAACCUGUAUUAAAGCAAUUGCAGAAAAUGAAGAAACUCGCUUUGAGCCCAGAGAUUGUAUCUUGGCAAGCCAGUAAUGAUAUUUUGCCCCCAAAAUAUAGUCUUGCACAUCCUCAUGAACGAAUUUCAUCCGAUGAGUGUUCUACCCCUGAUGAAUGUUUAUCCUCUGAUGAAUAUUCUUCCUCUGAUGAAAAUUAUCCCUCUGAUGAAAUUUACUCCCUUGAUGAAUUAUCUUCCUCUAACGAGUGCUCUUCCUCCAGCGAAUGUUCCUCCGUAACAAAGCGACUAAAAAGCCUUAAGUGUAACAAUAAUUCAAGUGAUCCUUUACCCAUGGUCGAACUAGAGAGUUCAGGUAUUGUUCUAGACGGUGCUCAAAAAGAAUGUUUUAAAGCAGCUCUCCAGCAGAGAGUCGCAUUAAUACAAGGCCCUCCGGGCACCGGCAAAUCUUUUAUCGGAGCUCUUAUCGGUAGAGCCAUUUACCGAUAUAGUGGAGAGACAAUCCUCGUCGUUUGCUACACCCAUCAUGCUCUAGACGAUUUUGUAAAAGACCUUUUGGAUCUUGGAAUUUCUCGCACCGACAUAGUUCGUUUAGGUUCAAGUCACAAGGCAACCAUUCAUACUAAAAGUUUAGCUCUGAAAGAGCAGCCCUCUAGGUUCACCGACAUGCAGAAUGGAAUGGUCGACAAAGGGAAAUCGGAUUUGGAAGAAGAUGGAGAUAUUUUGCGUAUUGCCUUUGACCGCUUUGUCCGUAGAAGAUAUCCUUAUCGAGAGGUUCUAGAAUUCUUGGAAACAUGGAGCGAUGAGCUCCCUUAUUGUCACGCCUUUAAAAUUCCAAAAGAAAAAUUUGGCAUGAUUCGGGUAGCAGAAGAUGGUAACAUGGUAAGAGAUGACUACUUGAUACACCGUUGGUCUCAAGGAUUGAACGCUGGCAUCUACGAAUCUGAGAUACCCCUCGAACAUGAGGCUGUUUGGAAAAUGAAUCCCGCGCUUCGACGUAAAAAAUGGGGUCAGUGGAGGUAUGAAAUGUCAAGAGAACGCGCAGCUCAAGUCAUAAAGUGGGGAGAGCGUUAUAAUACUACAACCGAAAUGGUAGAUAGCUUAUUUUUGCUGAAAGAUCUUUCUGUCUUGCGGAAAAAACGAAUUAUAGCAUGCACAACCACGGCUGCCGCUAAGUAUAGCGAUCUCCUGAAUCGUAUCUCACCAGGUGUAUUAUUGGUCGAAGAAGCGGGAGAGAUCCUCGAAAGUCAUGUGCUUGCAGCUCUAAGCCCUAAGACUAAGCAUUUAAUCCUAAUUGGCGAUCAUAAACAACUACGACCCAGAGUCAAUUUCGAACUGAGUGUUGAGAAAGAGUCGGGGUAUGAUCUGAACCGUUCUUUAUUUGAAAGGCUUAUUUUGAAAGGAUUUCCUCUUCAAACGCUUUUCACACAACAUAGAAUGCGACCCGAGAUCUCCUCUUUGAUCCGGGAAAUGACGUAUCCUGAAUUGGAAGACGCUGGCGAUACUCAUGGUAGGCCGAACCUCCGCGGUUUCUCGGACAAUAUAAUUUUUGUAAACCAUAGUGAACCCGAAACCGAGCUGUCAGUCGCUCGUGAGUUUGGAGACUUGAAAGCCACCACUUCGAAACAAAAUCGUUUCGAAGCACAGAUGACAUUAAAGUGCGUCCGUUACCUCGGUCAACAAGGGUACACAUCGGAGGAUAUCGUUGUCUUGACGCCCUACCUUGGUCAGCUACGUCUGUUGCUUGAUGAGUUGAGUGUCGACCAUGACCUUCUGUUGAAUGACCUCGAUUCACAUGAUCUAGCUCGUGCGGGUUUGAUGGGGGACCGAGAGGAUACCAACGAAGCUAAUAAACCUCGCCUGCGAAUAUCUACAAUCGACAAUUACCAAGGAGAAGAGGCAAACAUUGUCAUCGCAUCGCUGACAAGAAGUAAUGCGGCUGGUGAUAUCGGUUUUAUGUUUGCUCCAGAGCGCCUUAAUGUUCUUGUCUCCCGUGCUCGAAAUGCCCUGAUUUUAAUAGGCAAUGCUGAACACUUCAUGGGCGCGCGCAAAGGCGGAAGUCUUUGGACACGUUUCAUCGGGCUGCUGAAGGCUGGCUCGCAUGUUUAUAAUGGGUUUCCAGUUUAUUGUGAGCGACAUCCUGACCGAACUAACAUUCUACAGAAACCGGUGGACUUCGAAAUCAAAUGUUCAGCUGGCGGCUGUGAAGAGCCUUGCGGAAAGAUGUUGGAGUCCUGUGGCCACAAAUGUCCAGACAAAUGUCAUUUGCCGUCCAACCAUUUGAAGGUAAAAUGCAAAGCACCUAUUGAAAUCCAGUGCUUCCAGGAGCACACAUAUAUGGUCGAAUGUCACGCUAAAAGCCUAGGGCGGUGUCCUCUUUGUGAGGUGGAGACCCAGAAGAGACUUGAAGAGACUUUGGAAAAGGUUAGACGCAAAGAACAUGCCGAAAGAGAGGAACAACAACAUUUAUUAAAGAUGGCCAAAUUAAACAGCGAGAUCGAAUCAAUUAAAAAAGAAGCAUUCCGCAAAGAAGAUGAAGAGACGGACGGAAAACCCACCUCAGCUACAAGCAGCAAAGACCGUCUAGAAGAAACUAACCAGAAAACCUAUGGCUUCGGAAAGAGGCGAAAUUUUCAAAAAAAUGGAUUCAAUGCGGAAGUAACGAAGAGGCAAGGAAAUAACGUACAUAAUAAGGCCACCAAAAAAUACGAGCCAACAUUUGAGAGGAAAAACAUGAGCUUCCGACCACCAAUGAGCCAUCGACAAAGGAAAGCUCUACAACGGUAUAAUGAAGCAGUGCGUAAAGACAGACACCAAGCCAACGCGGAUGAAAAACAAGACUCAUCAAAAGAUGAACAAAACAAACGUCAAACCCAAAAGAGAUACAACGAGCAAACAAGCACCAUAACGAAAACGAACGCAAAACAAGCAACGAUCAAACGGAGACCGAACAUACAUUGAAGAAACAAACCAAGGAGAAAGAAAUCAUCAUCCGUCACCAUGACUGAAGAAAAAUAACUGCUACGGAAGAAAACUGUAACAAAGAGUAAUAUGUAACGUGGUUGCCAAGAAGAUUUUGCCGCUUAUGUUUUGAACAGUAACAUGUGGAAAAGAGACGCCUUGAAGCAUCCAUGAUUAAAGGCUGAAGGACAACUGAAUUCAUGAUGAAAUCAGUGUGAUCAAUUAACGACGUGAGGCUGACUUUUGGGCCUUUGUUGGAUGCCCGGUAGCGCCGAAAUUUCAUGUUGUCAAUUAGGUGAAUACCCCAUCAUCCUUAUCGAAUUUUUCAAGGAUUUUCUGCAACAAUAUAUCCAGUACAUACAGAUUGAUCUACCUAAAAGCGUAUCCGUGUAUUUUUAGUAUAAAGAAAACGAGUAUAGCGAUCUUCUUUGGGUUUCCUGUCCUGUCAACAAAUAAUAUCUAGUGGUUUUAUACACAAGGCUGCCCCCUCCCCCCCCCAAAAAAAAAAUGAGAAUUGGCAUGCUCUGAGCAAUUACAGGUAUUGAAACACGAUUUGCGAUUUGCUUAUUUUAUCAGCUUUCUAUCGAGCUCUUGUUGACCUCAUUUGAUGAAAAUUCGCAUUUACACGGCGAUUUUUAGGCGCCUCUUAAAAGAAACCCCUCCGGAAUUUUCGAGUCAUUUUCACUCUCCACCUCCACCCUGUAAAAAAUGAACACUGGAUUUGAAGUUUACAGCCUUUUAGAAGCAAGAAUUGAGUAAUCCUUUAAAGUUUUCAUGAACUCUGAUCACUCUCUACACUAGGAGCUCAGCAAAUUAAAAAUUGUCAAGAAGUUGGUGGCCGAGCCAGAUUUUUUGAGCUCGAAGAUACUGACAAGCUGACUUUCAAAGCCUCGUCGAAGUCUUUGGAUCACCUGAAAAAUGUGCUUCCACUAACUUAUCAAUUUUAUCCCCCAA